AUGGCGGUGAGUACUAAUUACAGUUUUCCUCUGAACAUGGAGUUCAAAUACUCGAGCUUAAAUCCAGAAGCCCCCGAGUUUUUUCCAGCAAAUUAUAAUCUGGUUUCAGCUCCUGGUUUUCCCAUAUUUACACCACUUCUAUCAUCUGUCCAAUAUCCCCUUGCUUUCUCAGCUCCACCAUUUACACACUAUCAACUUGAGGUUGAGCCCCAGUUUUGGUCCCCAGAGAUGUCUGUUUCGCCGGUGGCUGAACCGGUGUAUUCGAUGGUGGAACCUUUGAAGGAUAAGAUGGGUUUGUAUAGAGGUAAGCAUCAUUUGAAGGAUAAAAGACAUAGGAAAGAAGGGUGUUUGAGAGCUGAUGACAGUACUCGAGUAGCUCGCAAGAAAGAAUGGAUGGCUAAGCGUAGCAAUGGAGAGAAGGUUCAAGAUUGGACUGAUGGUAAGAGAAGCGAGAAACAUCCAUUGAUUCCACUUAAAUCUGAUGGAAAGGAAACAACGAUCAUGUUGAAGAACAUUCCCAUCAGAUACACACGAGAGAUGUUGAAGGAUUUUCUUGAGCAACAUUGCAUGCUUUCAAAUCACGAGGCAAAGUCACAGAAUGGCGACGCAUGUGAUGAGGAACCUUCGUUGUCAGCGUUUGAUUUCUUGUAUCUUCCUAUAGACUUCUAUACCAAGUCAAGCAAGGGCUACGGUUUUGUAAACUUCACAAACCCGGUAGCUGCGAGGAAGUUUUAUGAUGAAUGGCACGAUACACGUUGGGACUGUUUCAAGUCCAACAAGAUUCGUCAAAUAUGUUGUGCUAAACUCCAGGGCAUUGAACAACUGGUGAAGCACUUUGAGAGGAUGGGGUUUCCCAGUGAAGACUUUCAGCCUGUAAGGUUCAACCCAGCUCGUGAUGGCUCAAAGCAAUCAGUGGAAGAAACUGUAAUUGGAAGAGUUAUAGGUUGUAGCUGGGGUGGACUUUGUCACCUGCUUCUUGAAAUGGAUCAAAAGAACAGGUGGCGGGAUCCACCUUCCUGGGAUAUUUAUUAA